AUGGGAUCCAUCGCCAGGGCUUUCCGGCCAGCCCCAUACGGCCCCUCCGUCAAGCUGCCUGAUCCCUAUCCGACGGAUACUGACUUCCCGCUCUCUCUCGCUUCACCCAAGCCAAAUGGAGACACAUUGGAUCUCGUUGCUGAGGUGGAAGAGCUGUCUUCAAGCGGCGAACUAGAAAGACUCCUGAAUAAACACGGCACGAUAUACUUCCAAGGUUUGGGUCUGAAGAAUGCCGAAGAGUUCUCUCGGUCCGCACAUGCCUUUGGCUGGGCUCCACAUGAGGAUAUUGGUAACCCGGUGCGGCGUGUCGUCCAUGCGAAGAACGUCGCUUCUGCCAACGAGGGACCAAACACUCAACCCGUGUAUCCAUACAAUGAGUUCGGAUUGAGUCCGCAUUAUCCAGCAUACGUCUUCUUCUAUUGCGUCUCACCUCCGGCCACAGGUGGCGAGACUCCGAUCAACAACUCUAUUAUCCUAUACCGCCGUCUGAAGGAGAGGCACCCCGAGUUCAUUGAAGAAGUUGAGAAAAAGGGCGUCAAAUACCAGCUGUUCUACGACAAUGCCCCUCGAGAUCAAACCUCAUCAGCCCGGAAUUCAGUCUUGCAAGCUCACGGAGGAACAUUUCUGGACAGUGACGACACGGAGACUGCGAGGGCGAAGAUCGAGGCCGAGAUCAGACGUCUGCCAACAGCGACGUGGGGCUGGGAGAACCAGUCCGGGGGCAACUAG